GAGAACGAAAACCCCGCGAGAGGGCAGGGCACGUUCCUGGGCACCCAAAGCCCCGGCCUGGAGAGACGGGGCACGCCUCCUAUCCUGCCCUGCCUUUCCCUUCCCUUUUCGCACCAAGGCGAAGCCUGCAGAGCUGGAGCGGAAUCAGUCCCUCCCCUGCUCCCCCGCUUCCCCGAUCCUCCACUGCAGGCUAUGCGCGCUCUGAUGCGUGUGCUUGUGUGCGCGUGCGGUUUGGGGGCUGGUUGCGCGUGCAGGCGAGAUUUCCAAAAGCCACAGGGAAAAUGGUGGAAAAUUCACCGUCGCCAUUGCCAGAAAGAGCGAUUUAUGGCUUUGUUCUUUUCUUAAGCUCCCAAUUUGGCUUCAUGCUGUAUCUUGUGUGGGCUUUUAUUCCUGAAUCUUGGCUAAACUCUCUAGGCUUAACCUAUUGGCCUCAAAAAUACUGGGCAGUUGCGUUGCCUGUGUACCUGCUCAUCACGAUAGUCAUCGGUUACGUGCUCUUGUUUGGGAUCAACAUGAUGAGUACCUCUCCGCUCAACUCCAUUCAUACAAUCACAGACAACUAUGCUAAAAAUCAGCAGCAGAAGAAAUACCAAGAGGAGGCCAUCCCAGCACUAAGAGACAUUCCUAUUAGCGAAGUAAACCAAAUGUUCUUUCUCACAGCCAAAAAACUGUACACCAACAACUGAACCACUUGUGGACUAAGACUGGACAUCGAUUCUAAGGUUUUGAUGUAAAAAUUCAACCAUAGUAAUUUUGAUUGUCUUUCUGAUUAAUAUCCCGUAUUGAAAUGUUAAAAAAAAUGUAACUUGAACUUUUCUUAGAUUAAAUUCUAUUAAUAUUAUAAAUGUUCUCAAAUAGUGGUCCCUAAUGGACAGAAUAAUUAAAAUACUGCAUUACCAUAUGGCA